UCAAGUUAUUAGCUGUGAGAUAUGUCCCAAAUCCAUAUUGCAAUUUACGAAGUUGUGGCAUUCAAAGAACCUCUCCUUUGUUUCCCCCUUCAACCAAAAACGAAAAUUUCCCAAAAAAAUCCCAAAUUCCAUAUUUUUUCCAAUUUUCAGAAUUCUGUUAACACUUAAAAUUAUUUUAUUUAAAGAGAUAUUGGGAAUCUCUAUCAAAUGAAGUAUGUAAAUACCAAACUUCAGCUUACCAACCUCAGUAGAUUUGCAGAUGGAAGCCAAUGAUAAUUCGACCCCUAAGGAUUACUACAAAAUUUUGGAAGUUGAUUAUGAUGCAACUGAUGAGAAGAUCAGGUUAAAUUACCGGAAGCUUGCACUGAAGUGGCAUCCAGAUAAGCACAAUGGUGAUAGUGCUGUUACUGCAAAGUUCCAAGAGAUAAAUGAAGCUUACAAAGUGUUAAUGGAUCCUGAUAAACGCUUUGAGUAUGAUUUAACUGGAAUAUAUGAGAUUGAUAAGUAUACUUUACGGGAAUAUCUUGCCAGAUUUAAAGGAAUGAUUCUUACUUGCAAUGGGCUUGGUAUUAGUCAUACAUCAAUAUGGACGCAACAACUAACAGAAACAAAUGACUUUGUUGAUGAAUAAGAGCCAUUGAAAUGAAUUGAAAGGAAUAAUCAUCUCUAUCCUUUUGUACCUAUUGGAGCUGAAACCGAAUCUCAUCUACUUCGUCCUAUUAUUACAUCCUCAACAGUUCCUGUAAUCCGUAUCAAAAUUAGGCAUCAUCAUCGAGUAAAAGGGACUUUUCAUCCUGCUAUAAGAUGUGUUUCGAUGAGGCCCUUAGCUUGUAUGAGUUUGAUAGAGUAACAAAAUGUAUGAUUGAUCUAUAAGUUAGACAUGGCAUGACUGAUUCCGCCAUCUUGCCUAUCUAAAAUUAUGUCAAAAAGAGUUCUUUGACCAUUGCUUGUAUCAGUAGUUUGAUGGCUUUGUUCACACGAAUAUAAUGCUAGUUGAAUCAAUCUCUCUAAUUCCACGACUCAUUAAG